GCCUCGUCCCUGCACCUUCAGAGAGACUUCGCUGUCUCACCUCUCCUUCUCACUUUUCCUCUUCUUUCCUCCCUUUCCCUUCCCCUCCCCUCUCUAGGAGGCGGGACCCAAGCGGAACUACACAGCUCUGGUACUGGAACUCCAGAAAAACUGAAACUCCGGGGUCGCUGCUCCCGUUUAGCCGAGCGCCUCUUCCCCCUGACCCUGCUCCCCACGUUCAUGUGUUUCUAGUUUUCUUCGAUACACCCGCCAGCCCCAGCCCCCGGCGCCACGGUGGCGCUGGCUGCGGUUGGGACAGGGUCCCCACCCUCACUAUCCCAGCAGCCUGUAAUCAGGAGCUCUACUGACGUCCAGCUGGGGGCCAGCCCGGGUUCCCGCCCCGGCCCUGGUUUAGUCCGACUCGAUUUUAAUUCCCUUGAGGCGCAGAGAUCUCGGGGGCGCCGCACCUGCCGGGCAGCCUGGCCGGAUGUGUAUAGGAGAAGAGAAGGGGCGGCCUGGGGAGAAGGGGACCAGACGUGCUAGAGACAGAUUCCUAGCUAUGGGAAAGGCACAGAGGCAGACCUGAUCCUCGGGAACUCACUGUCUGUGGCAGGCAGAGACUGGAAGCAACCCGGGCUUCUUCAGACAGCCUGGGGCCCAGAACCUAAUUGGGUCUGGGGGCCUACGAGACGGCGUUGUUUGCCCAAACGGGGUCCGAGCAUCCCCACAAGCCCUAGUUGCCAAUCCCCUAGGUCCCCGGCUGGAGCUGCAGCUGUUCUUUGGAGACCAAAAGGAAGUGACAGGGAAUUGUUCUCCCGCCUGCACCACCCCCCAAAAGCAAAAGCCACGGAAGCAGAGCAGUUUCUUCUCCUUUUAAGUGGUGUCCAAAAGGGUAAUGUCUGGGCCACAGAGGGCUGAGUGACGGGCUCCGGUGACCUCCGAUAAUGUCUCGGCAGCCAGCGGCCCUGGCCCCGGCUCUGGCGGUCCUCUUGCUCCUGCAGCCCCUGCCCCCCGCCAGCUCCCGUCCACCCUCGGGCCCUGACUACCUGCGGCGAGGCUGGCAACGGCUUCUGGAUGAGGGAGAGGGCUGUGGGCCCUGCCAGCCGGAGGAGUGCCCCACGCCGCGGGGCUGCUUGGCGGGGCGUGUCCUGGACGCGUGCGACUGCUGCUGGGAGUGUGCGAACCUGGAGGGCCAACUCUGCGACUUGGACCCCGAUGGGCAUUUUUAUGGGCGCUGCGGGGAUCACCUGGAGUGCCGCCUGGACGCGGGCGGGGACCUGCACCGCGGAGAAGUGCCCGAGCCCCAGUGUGUCUGCCGCUCGGGCAGCCCGCUCUGCGGCUCCGACGGGCGCACCUACGCACAGAUCUGCAGCUUCCAGGAGGCCGCUCGGGCCUGGCCGCAGGCCAACCUCAGCGUGAUGCACCCCGGACCCUGCGAAGCGGAACCCCAGAUCCUGACCCCACCUCGGGAUGUGUGGAAUGUGACUGGCCAGGAUGUGAUAUUCGGCUGUGAAGUGUUUGCCUAUCCAAUGGCCUCCAUCGAGUGGAGAAAGGAUGGGACAGAGACGCUGCUACCCGGAGAUGAUCCCCAGAUCUCUGUGCAGUUCAGGGGGGGGCCGCAAAGAUUCGAAGUGACUGGCUGGUUGCAGAUUCAGGCUGUUCGAAUAAGUGAUGAGGGUACUUACAGAUGCCUUGCCCGAAAUGCCUUGGGCCAGACCACAGCCCCAGCUAGCCUCACAGUGCUCACCUUGGAUCAGCUGAACAACAAAAGCAUCCCUCUACUUAAUUCUUUGAGCCCAACUCUUGAAGAGGAGGCUGACAGUGAAGAGGGGGAUGACUAUUACUAGCCUACUGUGGCUCCCUUAAAUAAUGCUCCCCGAAUGGUUCCUGGACCAGUUACUUCAGCUUCCUUGAGCAAUGACCAUUCCCUCUCCUCCCUUUCCAAAUGAUAUGGGAAGUGGAAGGCUGGGGAGGGUGUAGGACUUCUGAUUUCCUUGAGCUGGAAACAUACCAAUCCCUUGGGAUGGUGGUUGAGAGAAGUAUUUUUAGUGACUGAUUCCUUUCCUAUCCACAUGCCCAAAAAGAGGUGCUCUGGAGGAACAAUGGUCUCUAAUACAAUCAGGGAACAAAAAGGUCUGGGAAGGUCUUUUAUUGGAAUGACCUAGAUUCCGGGGGACCAUACAUUUAAAGGUAAAGAUGGCACAUAGGUACACAACCAUGACUCUUACAGGAAUCUGAGAAAUAACCUAGCUCUGGAGCUGAUGGUGAUGACAGAAAUCAUCAGCCUCCUGGAUCCAUCCUGAGUAGUUAUCCAGACUGGUAGGCUUUGGCCAAAAAGCUGAUGAAAUCCUUUAAUUCUCAACUUGGGGUAAAGGGAGAGAGAUACUUUAGUCAGAGUGUCUUGAACCCCCCCCCCCCACCAAAGUACACAAACUAUCUUCACUCCUUUGACUUUACUGAUUCUGCUCCUUUCCAACAUACUUUUCCUAUCCAGCUAUCCUUUGUAGCAGAAUAUUCCCCCAUGAAGCCUCUGUUCAUACCACAAGAUGUUGUCUUAUAUCCCACUCCCACAAGCUGUGUUUUAUAACUUAUUAUCUGUGCCCAUGUCUUUUCUGCUAUUGUCUGUAUAGGUCUCAUUUCUCUUUUUAUUUGUGUACAUGUCUUAAUCUCACUUACUAGAUUGUGAGCUCUAUAUUAGACAAGGAAACCUUGAUGUAUAAUUCACCUUUGUAUUCCCAUUCAGUUCCUAACCUUGCAGAUACAUAAAAUAAUGUUCAACAAAUAUUUGAAUGAAUACAGUGGAUAGGCACAAACACAAAGGGAGAUACAAACACAUGUCAAUAAGUGUGCAUAUGUAAACAGACAUAUGCUAUAUAUAGAUGAUAGCCUUCUUCUGGCUCUAAAUCCUAUGAUCUCAUCUCCAGCAUCCAAACCAAUGACUUUGUACAUAGGAGAUACUUAAUAAACGUCCUUUGAAUGUUGAACAAGCUCCCUUAUUUAGAUAC